CAGAACUGAGGCCACAACUAUCUUCUUCAGAAACAUGUCUGAUGGCAUUAUAGAACUGGCUUGUCUUGGCCGACCAUUUCAGUUGGGAAUGCUGUAUGACUGCAGGAGCGAUGCUCUCAUUCCAGGUAAUACAACCACAAUAAAUCAAGAAAAGAUACCUUUAAUAUCAAUAGAGGGUCAGGCAUCUUUGAAAAUGAAUGAAAUGGAACAAGAGAAAAUGAACAAGUUCAGCUGCACUUUUCAUGGCGAUUUUGCCCUGGACAACAAUCCAGUCUCCUAUGUAGAUGCCAUCAAAGUGUACUCGGAGCUACCAAAACUGUUGGGAGAACAUGGAGAGAAUGCCGUGCCCAUGACCGUGUGGCUUUACCCUCUGAAAAAACUAGAUUCGGCAGCUGCUCAGUUAGUCAGGGAGAUCAGUGUUAGCCUGAGUCUGACAAGUGACACAACAUCAUUCUCCAGGACUCAUCCAUGUGCUCCUCCUGGAGUACCUACCGUAAAACAAGUAGCAUCUGACUCAGCAACUUUAGUCUGGGAUGUUCCUGCAUCUGUGGGUGAGGGAGUUCUGAUCACUGGAUACGUGUUGGAAUCCAGAGAAUGCACAAAGGAACAUGAAAAUGAAAAGCCGUGGAAGUCUGUGAAAUCUACAAACAGGGAGUGCAUUCUUCAUGAACUGAAAAGAGAGACAGAUUACACAGUCAGAGUUUCGGCAAUUUGUGUUAAUGAUGAAAUGAGUCUCCCCAGCUCAGAAACAGUGCUUUCUGCAUGUUUGAAGAGUAAACAUUCAGAAGUGGUUGGAAGUGGGCUGUUCAAAAAUCAAUCUUCAUGUAUAAACAAGGGGAAUCCUUCCAUUUAUAGACUGAAUCUAUACCAAAAAAUGAAAGAGAAUAAUUUUAAUCAGUAUGUCUUUGGAAGAAAAGUGGAGGAUGUGAAAAACAAAGUAAUUCUUCUGCUGGGAUCAACAGGUGCAGGAAAAACCACACUCAUCAAUGUGAUGGUCAACUACAUACUAGGUGUAAAGUGGCAGGAUCCCUAUCGCUUCAAACUAAUCAAUGAAGUGACAAAUCGCACACAGGCUGAGAGUCAGACAUCUAAUGUUUCAUCUUAUGAGCUGUACAGUCAGCCUGGCUUUCAAAUCCCCUACUCUCUCACAAUCGUAGAUACACCUGGAUUUGGGGAUACAAAAGGAAUCACACAUGAUAAACUGAUCACAAAGCAGGUCAAAAGCUUUCUUUGUAGCCCGUUGGGAAUUGAUCACAUUGAUGCAGUUUGCCUAGUUGUCCAGGCUUCUCUUGUCCGCCUGAGUGCCAACCAGAAGUAUAUAUUUGAUUCAGUCUUGUCAAUUUUUGGAAAAGACAUUGCAGAGAACAUAAUUUUUUUGGUGACAUUUGCAGAUGGUAAACACGUCCCAGCUCUAGAAGCCAUCAAAGCAGCAGAUCUGCCCUGUCAAAGGAAAAAGACGGCGUUUAAUGGCUGUGACUUCCUCACUGAAUGGCUAUACAAUAAAAACCCUCGGACAGAGCGAACACCUACAAAUUUUCAUACAAUUCCUUUCGUCCAGAAUUGGCUUCUUGAACAUCCCAGGCCGCACAUCCCAGCUUCUCUACUUCUAACCGAUGAGCAAGCUGCAGUGUUGAUCCAGGCUUUCUGGAGGGGAUAUAAGUUUGGUCGGAGCUGGUUGAACUUGAUGGCAGUGCUGACCAGCAUGUGGAGGCUGGUGUGUCCAUCGAGGUGGUUCCUCCUACACCUCAGAGCAGAGCCCUGA